AUGAAGUUUACAAGUUUUGCCUUUUUGUUGGUUGCCAUUACAUGUUUGUCAGCAGUCUCUGCGACAUGGCAACAAGUUUGUGGAUCGAAUGUCUGUGGUGUCGGUCAAGUCUGUGUGUGUCGUGAUGGUGUUAGCAACUGUGUCUUGUUAGAUCAAUGUCAUGAUAUUGCAAUCGUUCAGACCAUCGAACGUACUUGGGAAGAGAAUGGAGUACCAUUCACACUCUACCGUGUUCAUGUUGUCAACUAUGCACCAAUGACACUCCAACAAAUCGUUAUUGAAACCGACUGUACCUUGAACCCACGUGACAACAACUCUGUCUGGAAUAUCAUCUACGAUCACGGAUACUUCCUCCUCCCACAAUACGCUCAAGGUAUCAAACCAGGUCAAACCUUCACCUUUGGUUACAUUGAUCAUGGUAGAGUCGCACCAAAUCUCUUCAUCAAAGCACUCACCUAUUAA